AUGAAUCUGACGGAAUAUAAUCCGGAAUCAAUAGAAAUAAAUGAAGCAUGUGCUGUGGAGAGUUUGGAUAGAAGAUGGUAUUUGGUUGCAGUCUGUGGAACAUCCUUAUCAGUGUUAUCAAUUGUUUCGAAUAUGUUAAUUUCGAAAGUCCUCCUCUCCUCCAAACACAAUCAUUUCUACUUCCUGGCACUUUUGGCGCUUUCCGACUGUUUUCUAUCCCUAAACUAUGGACCUGUCAUCGCAAUGGAUAUCAUCAAAGAUCGUUUGCAACUUCGAUGGCUCUCAAAUCUCUACAUUCAAUAUGUUGGUCCCCUAUUGGCACUAUCUCAAACCUCAAUGACAUUUUCCUGCUAUCUGAUUAUUCUGGCGACAAUUGAAAGAUAUCUGAUAACACUACGAGCGAAGUGUUUGGGUACUUUCCGCCAGUGUCGUGGACUAUCUGCACUUUGUAUGUUUGUACUGGCACUUUUGCUUCGAGCCCCGAUAAUUUUCGAAAUGCAAAUCGAACAAAAUCCGGAGUGUAUUGGAGAGAUCAGCGAGUACUAUUUGAACUUGUCGCCGAUCGUCAAUACGUUUUGGUAUGGUACUGUAUAUCGGUUUUAUAUCAGGAACAUCAUGACCGUAUUGGUCCCAUUCGCCCUUCUGGCAAUUCUCAAUUACAAAAUCGUUAAAAUCCUUCGAACCCAACAACGAUCCGCCCAAAUGUUUCGAUUCCUGUCGAGUGAUCAUAAGACGAAAAUCCGCUCGGCUACAAUUUUGAUGGUUUGCAUCGUAUUCUCAUACCUUCUGGCAAAUAUUCUCAACGUCGGCAUCACUUUAUGGGAAUACGUUGCGUUUCAAUCAACACAAACUGGUAGCGCCUAUGCGUUCUAUGAAACAUGUACGGAUGUGACAUCAGUACUGUACAUUCUGGUAUGUGCAACGCGACUACUGGUUUAUUAUUUGUUCAAUCAGGAAAUCCGAGAAGCCAUAAAACCAUUGGUUUGCCAUAGUGCAAGUGCUCCGAGGAAGGAUUAUGUGACAGUGACGCGUAGUUUCGAUUCGUCUCGUCAAAUUGGUACUGAAAUCGACGCCGUCGCCAUCGCCAUCGCACGACGUCUUCUGUCUUCUGAACUGGUGUUUCAUGGACAUGGUGCAUCGAAAAAUGAGAAUGACUCAUUUGUGAUCUCCAAUCAUCAUGUUUGCACUUCUGGAGACGAUGAAUGCAAUGAUGACACGGAUGAUGACGAUGAUGAUGUUCCACAUAUGGUUUAG